UCCUUUAUAAUAAAGUCAUAAUGCAUUCCCCAUAAUCUUUUGCCUUCCCCAAACACACACUCCUGUCUCUCUUUUAUCUCUCUUUCUCUUUCCCUUCAAAGACCUCACAACCUUAGCUUCUUUUGUGUUCUGUCAUGGCAACAGAAGAAAUGAAACUAGAAACAAAGAAAACAGAACAGAAGCAAAAACAAUCCCCUCAAAUCAAACAAGACCUUCCUCCUCCGACCAUACCACCUCUUCCACUUCCAUACAAGUCAUGCAGCUUGAAAGUUUCAAUUCACUGUGAAGGCUGCAAAAGAAAAGUGAAAAAGAUCCUUACUAGCAUUGACGGUGUUUAUAAAGUGGACAUUGAUGUGAGCCAACAUAAAGUCACAGUAAUAGGGAUCGUCUCACCGGAGAUUCUAUUAAAGAAGCUUCACAAGGCUGGUAAAAACGCCGAACUAGUGCCGGAGGAGAAACCCGACCCGGUUGAAAGCAAACCCAAACCCGUCGACACGAAAGAGAAGAACAAGAACAAGAAGAAUAAGAAAGAAGAAAAAGUGCAAAUAACAACCGAUGAAGUUACCUCUUCCGUUACUGAUAAACCGGAAAAAACCGACGCCGGGGAAUGCGAUAAACAACUUUCCGAAAAAACCGACGCCAAAGAGUGUGGUUCCGGUGACGGCGGUGAAAAUGCUCCGGUUAAAGAGGAGAAAAAAGACGUUGUUAAACAGAAAGAUUCUGUCAAGGAAGAAUCUCCGUCACCACCGGCGGAUUCUCCGGCUCCGGCGGCGGAGAAGAAAGUUGAAGAAACCGGUGGAGCUGGUAAUGGCAAAGUUGGUAAAAAGAAGAAAAAGAAAGGGCAAAACUUGAGCGCUCCCAACAAUCCUACCGGUGGACCUACCCGUAGUCAAUCACUUCCUCCUCCCGCUACAGAAGAUCACGACCGUUCAAUCAAUCAGAUCAACGUAAUACCCAAUAACAAUCCGCCACGUCACGAUAUGUAUCUUUAUCCUGCACCAAACUACUAUGCGCCGCAGGUCAUGUACGGCGUAAGUUAUAACGUUGCUCAACCUCCGUUAAGUGCAGACGCUGCGUCGUAUUAUACACCUCCACCACCGUAUUCGUACGCUUACAUGCACAAUAGUUAUCAACCGUCCGAUCAAAACGCGUAUCCAUCUCGACCGUCAGAUUCGUUUGAGUUAUUCAGCGACGAGAACCCAAACGGUUGCUUGGUAAUGUGAUGGCAAAUUACCAAAAGGACCUUGAACUCUGCUUAUACGCCUCGUAUGUCUUAAGGGUGGUUUUGUAAUUCGAAGCUUUACACGUGCAUGUUAGCUUAAUGGUCCUUUUAAUGUUGUUGUAUCAGUUAGUUCUAUAACUAUGAUUAUGUUUAGAUAAAGACUAGGCUUUUGUUUAUUUCUUUUGCAGCUUUUGUUUUUAAUUUAAUAAUUUAGAUAUCCUUUUAAUAACUUUUUGCUC